AUGUUUUUGCCUGCGUUCAAUUUAAAAACAUUUUUUAAUGCACACCACAUAUCAACUUACAAAAGUGCGACGUUGCGAUUUGUUUCCCUUCUUGGGUACAAAACAGAUGAUAGCCUUGAAAGUAAAUACAGGAUACUGAAAAAACAAAAUUUGGUGCCCACUAAGAGACUGCCAGGUGCCUUGAUUAUCGGUGUUAAGAAGUGUGGAACACGUGCACUACUUGAAUUUUUAAGGUUACAUCCUGACGUGCGAGCUGCUGGAUCGGAGGUCCACUUUUUUGAUAAGUUCUAUCAUAAGGGUUUCGAAUGGUAUCGGGAGAAAAUGCCAGCAACGAUAGAAGGUCAGAUAACGAUGGAGAAGACACCGUCGUACUGGGUGACACGGUCGGCGCCCCGGCGGGUGUAUGCAAUGAACCCCGCUGUCAGACUGUUAGCGGUCGUACGAGACCCAGUCACCAGAGCCAUCAGUGAUUAUACUCAAUCUGCUAGUAAAAGACCCAGUCUGCCGAGGUUUGAGGAUUUAGCGCUAGUGAACAGUACAGUGGGUUGGGGUGGGACGUGGUCCGUUGUGGACGCGUCGUGGCCGCCGGUGCGACUGGGCGUAUACGCGAGGCCGUUGCGUCGCUGGCUGCGACGGUUCCCCCGCUCCAGAUUGCUGCUUAUUAGCGGGGAGAGAUUGGUCGCUGAUCCCGCUGCAGAGAUGGCUAGAGUACAGGAUUUCCUUGGGUUGAAGCGGCUAAUAACAGACAAACAUUUCUAUUUUAACUCUACAAAAGGGUUUCCCUGCCUUCUCAAGUCAGAAGGAAAGUCGACACCACAUUGUUUGGGUAAGACGAAAGGUCGCAACCAUCCGUACAUAGAUCCUGUAACAAUCGAGCGGCUGAGGGAAUAUUAUAGACCCUUUAAUGAGAGGUUUUACGAAUUAUCUGGUAUUAAUUUUGGAUGGCCUUAAUAACGUCUAGAAAUGC